AAAAGCGUUCGGUCGUUUUUUUCGCAGGUUGGCAUGGAUUUGAAGAGGUAAACAGUAAACUUCUAGGGCUGAUAUUGGACUUUGUGUCGUUUCCCCUCCAUUCUUUAGGCUUUUAUUAUUCAAGCAGCAUUAACUUUACGAUUAAUAUGUCUCCUAAAACGGUGUUUGAUGGGAGGGAAAGCCUUUAACACGGUGUAGGUAGAAAACAAUAACUAUCAGAGCUGCUGCGCUUCCUGCUGUUCUCUUGUGAAAUGUCCUCUCGCAUGUUUGAUGGAAAUGAAGAGAAAAGUGGGAAAAUUGAGGCCGAGUCCGAACGAAGAGGCUCGGAUAAUACGGGAGGAACAUGAGAGGAGGAGAAAACUGCGAAUCCAACAGGUGAGGGAGCAGCAGCGGAACAUUGCGCUGCACAUCCGCCGGGAGGUUGAGCAGAGGCGGCAGCGAGAGCUGGAGAAGCUGGGAGAGGAGUUGAGGGUGGACUGGGAGCGACAACAGAGGGAGAAACUCGACACACUGCAGAAGUUAUACCAAGAGAGCCUCCAACUUCUCGGGCAGGGACACAGGAGUGCUAAAGAAAAUGAACUGGACUUGGCAGCCUUAGCUCGAAAGGAGGAAGAAAAUCAUGCCAAAGCAGCGGAGCGUCAUCGAGAAGCCUUAAAAGAGCUCAAAUCACAGAGGCUUAAAGAUCAUGAGAGUCAAAACAGGUGCAUCAAUACCAGAAAGAAGGCACUGCAGGCAGAAAAAGAACGAGCAGCUAAAGUGGCCAGUCUCCCACCGCCUCCACCGAACCCCAUUCAGAACAUCGAUGCCAAGAAGCCUCAUGUUGUAAAGAAAUCUGAUGUGAGCGCCUUUGCUGCCACACAUUACCACAUGCCUGAAAGCACAGUGGACAGAGAGGAGGAGACAAUGCAGCCUGAUGCCCAUGAGGGAGCUGAGCUGGAGGUGAGGAGACUGCAGGAUUUACAGAGGGAGGAGCAGAGGAGGAGGGAGGAGCAGCUUGAGAAGGCUCGUCUCAGGGGGAAGCAGGCUCUGAGGAAGGAACAUCUUGUGCAGGAUCGUGAGCGCUUGCUUGUUGAACUGGAGCACAUGCAGCAGACAGAUCUGCUGAGGAGGAGACAGCAGGUGGCACAUAUGCCUCCUCAGAUCUUCCAGCCUCUCUAUAAAAGGCAGGAGACGAGAGAGGACUUCCAGAGGGAGAUGGAGUUUGCCUUCGAGGACAUGUAUACUGGAGAGAGAAGAGUAAAAGGUGACCUGGUGGUCCAGCUGGUACCCGAGCCUCUGCCUGCUCUGUCCACAGACAGCCAGGACCAAGCGCUGGACGUCACACUGGAUGAAAUCUCUUCACCAGAAGUAGAAAGCACACAGCAAGAAGCUGCGAGCAGCGAGUGUGGAACAUCUGCACAAGAGGUGCCCUCCAAACGUGCCCCCAGACGGGCGUUAAAAAAACUCCUGGAUCGCAUCAGGGGACAGAGGAACCACUGGGCCGACCAGAACAGUUGCAUCUCUGCAGCCGAUUCACCCCCGGCCAACACUGAUCACAUCCCAGAGCGAGACACCACCAUAGACACCGGCUCUCUGACCAGUGAGGAGAAGGAACACCUGCCCCCCGCAGAGCUCCCGGAGCCUGACAGCUCGCCAUCAGCAAUGGCGACAGCAGAGCCCGCUGCAGCAGAUACUCUACAUCCUGAUGGACUGCUCAACAGAAUCCAAGAGUUUGAAGAAGCACGAAAGAAACGGGAAGAAGAAUUAGAGAGGGAGAAGCGGCAGCAGGUGGUGUUGCUCAGGAGCUGGAGGAGCAGAAAGCCAAAUUGGAGCAGAUGCUGCUUGAGGCCCAGCAGGAGAGAGAACACCUGAAGACUGCUGUGACUGAAGAAGUACCUGUAAACCCACCAGAAGUACUCAUCCAAAGGCAGAAGUUAACCUCUGUCCCCUCUGGCCCAGCCAAUGAGCUUGUUCCUCCUUCAGGUGAAGAUGACCACAGCAGCAGGAUACGAGAGUACCAGCAGCGACUGCUUGAACAAAACAGAACUCACCAGAGAUCAGUGGAAGUCGCUCGCCAGCGCCUGGAGGAAUACCAGCGAGCUCUAAGAAUACGAUACAACAUGACUGCUGCAUCCUCAUGGUCAGCUGUUGUACCUCCAGGUGUCGUUCACCUACCUCCUCAAAGUGCUCCACCGGUACAUCUUCCAACUCCUCUCCUACUGCCUACGACUCCUGCAGUUUCUGCAUACACCCGUGCUAAACCACAAACCUCUGUGCAAGUUCCCACUAAAGAGUCUGACGUGUUGUCCUCUCCUCCAUACCUUACUGGCUCCAGUUUGAGGGUUGGCUCCAGGUUGUUGUCAGAUGAAGGGGAGUCAGUGUCAGAACAUUCUAGUAACCAGAGACCCGAAGUCACCGCCUGGCUGACUGACAACAUAAUGGAGAAAGUAACAAGGCACCUCAGAGAGCGAGAGGGACCCUCCUCCUUCGCCUCAGAGCCACUACCUUACAAAGCACAAAAAACACACCAAUCAGCCAGCAUCCCACUCCAGCCAACCUCUGAUA